UUAAUUAAUUAGUCUUAACGGUUUAAUUUAUUCACACUCCCAAUUAACCAUGCCGGAAAGUGUUAUUCUCAAUGGAGAUUGCAAGGCUACAUGCUACCCAUCCAUCGUUAAUAAGGCUAGUAGUACUUUUGUGGAGACAAUGGAGCAUCAUUUCAUGGUUGAUGGAAAGCCAAUGUACUUUAAUGGCUUCAACGCUUACUGGCUAAUGUGCGUUGCUGCUGAUCCAUCUACAAAAACCAAGGUCCCGGAUGCUUUCAAACAAGCUUCCAAGUUAGGAAUGAACGUCGUUAGGACUUGGGCUUUUAGUGAUGCCGGCAACAAACCUCUCCAAAUCUCCCCCGGUGUUUACAAUGAGGACAUGUUUAAGGGAUUGGAUUUUGUGAUAUCCGAAGCCAAGAAACAUGGAUUGCAUCUGAUUUUAAGCUUGUGUAAUAACUGGGAUGAUUUUGGAGGAAGAAAACAAUAUGUUCAAUGGGCUAGGGAUCAAGGCCACUACUUGAACAAUGAUGAUGAAUUCUUUUCCAAUGAGGUUACUAGAGGAUAUUACAAGAAUCAUGUGAAGAGUAUUCUGAACAGACUCAACACCAUCACCGGUGUUGCCUAUAAGGAUGAUCCCACCAUUUUUGCAUGGGAGUUGAUGAACGAACCUCGUUGCCAGAAUGAUCUAUCUGGAAAAACUCUCCAGGAUUGGAUAGAGGAAAUGUCAGGUGAAUUCAAGUCCCUUGACAAGAAUCAUCUUGUUGGAAUCGGGGAAGAAGGGUUUUAUGGGGAAUCAAUACCUGAUAGGAAACAAUACAAUCCAGGCUAUGAAGUUGGAACCGACUUUGUCUCAAACAAUACCAUUAACAAUGUGGAUUUUGCUACAAUCCAUCUCUAUCCUGACCAAUGGGUUUCUGGAGGAAGUGCCGAAGCUCAAGCUGAAUUCGUGCAAAAAUGGAUUACGUCACAUCUUGAGGAUUGUAAAACCAUCGUGAAAAAGCCUUUACUAAUUGCAGAAUUUGGCAAGUCUUCAUGGUCCUCGGGAUACACCAUCGAAGCAAGGAAUGCAUACUUUGAAAACAUAUUCAACAUGGCCUAUGAAAGUGCCAAAAAAGACGGGGCGUGUUCUGGUACAACGUUUUGGCAAGUCAUGGCACAAGGAAUGGAGAAUUGGGGUGAUGGCUACCAAGUUGUGUUGGAGGAAAGCCCUACAACUGCGGCUUUGAUUGCCAAACAGUCUCAAAAGAUUUCUGAACUCAACAAAUAUAAAUCUUUGUUUACCGAGUAA